CGUGUUCAUUGCGUGCAAAAAAUGCUACACAGCACCGGAACACGCGCUAUGAAACAGGCGUUAUGGCUCCUGAUAUCGCCGUCUCGGUAAAUCGCUCCACUUCUGCAUCUCGAGAUCGCGAAGUCGGCUCAUGAUUCCCUGCCAAACGAAGAACAAAAAACCAUGGCGGUUCCGAAACGACCCCUCUGCUUCGUCGGAGUCGCUCGCCACGCCGGUGCUUUGUUUUCCGCUUCAUGAAAUAAAUGCUGCGUCGGGAUGAGGGAGAAGGGCUAGGGAAAGAGAAGCAAGCGAUUGAAGGAUACGUUAGAGUCAAAAACAAAGAGGAUAUCGUAGGUUGAGGAGUUACUCCUUGUCUGGACAAUGAAUUGGACUUUGGGGGAAUAUCUGAAGUUCAGGAUUUCUGUGUUGAAGCUUGAAAGCAGUAGAAAGUUUUCUGUGGAUGGGAAGUGAGCAAGUCCGAAUAACUGUAUCUUCUAGAA